AUGCGGACUGAGUUGCUGCAACUAUCCAUCGCCACACCAAAUGGCGAGGAUGGAGUUGCAGCAACUAUAGCAACUCGGGGUGAUGCGGACCGAGUUGCUGCAACUUUAAUGGCGCCAUUUGCGGAUUCCGUGGGCCAACUACUUCAUCUUCCUAAAUGCGUGUUCAUUAAGGAAAAAGUUCUGUGUCGUUUGCGGUUCGUAAGCAAGUUGGAGAUAUUUCGUAACACGGUAUAG